GAUUUUGGGCGCAUGAUGAAGUCGUCGUUGCGCGGGUACACGUCCAAGGUGGUCCAUGACCUGCUCUGGGCCAUGGCAAGCCCUCACCUGCUGUCCGAAGAGAUGGGCGUCUUGCCUGCGUCCAUGGCCGACGACGUCCUCGCGCAACCGUCGACGCUCGCGUGGCUCGCGGCCCUCGACGCCGACCCGGCGCCGCUCGUGGCCUUUCUCUUCCAGAAGCGCCGUGAUGCCAACUCGCUUGCCCUUGGCGUCUACUACGCCGGCCUCCUCGAGUACUGGCUGCGCUUUUGCCCGGCGUGGCGCGUCGAGAGCCUCGCGGUCGGGCAGCAGCUCGUGUGCAACGAGAAGCAUGCGAUGCAAACCGUCGGGCAGCUCAAGUUUGUGUUUCGCCAAGCAGGCGCGCAGCCCAUGCACUGGGAAGCGUCCAUCAAGUACUUCUUGCUCUGCCAUGGCCCGCCGUACCAGCUCGAGCACUUUGUCGGGCCGCACUUGGGCGAAAACCUCGCGUGGCGAGCGAUCGAGAUCGAGCGCAAGCUGAGCAUGAGCAAGGGCGAAGCCGUGCGUCGCUGGAUGGCGGCGCAUUUCGAGCUCCCACAAGCUUCGAUGGCACCCACCUCGUACAUGGUACUCAAAGGCGCGCUUUUUUAUCCGCUCACGGCGCUGUCAUCUACUUACGACAUUCGCAAUAUUCCGCUGUGCACGGGUCUGGCCGUCGACCACCGACGUGGGUGGUGGACAUCCGCGCCAGCCUCCGACCUCCCGCGGACGACAUGCUCAAAGCAUGCCUUUGCGAUCCUCCCCAAGAUGCGCUGGCUCGCGCCUGUCGUCGCCUUCCGUGACAAGGACGGGUCGCUCUACCUGCCGAGCGACGAUCGCAUGGGCCUCGAUCGCGUCGAUCUUCUCUCGGUGCACCAACUCUUAACCCAUCUCGCUGCCCACUUUGACACGUCGGAGAACGCAGUGCUCGUCGCUGAAGUUGACGGCUCCGGCGACGAAGUCUCGCGCGGGUUCGUGAUGGAUCCAAGAUUUGACCCGUCGCCGCUCAUGGCCAACGCGCUUCGGUACAAGCGCCGGAAAUCCAAAGACGCCGCUGGUGGGCGCGAGUAUGAGCAGCGCCGGGGCAUGACAGGCGACGGCGUCCGGCUCAAGCACGACGUACCAUCGGCCAAGAAGCGGCAGCUGCAAUUGCACGACCUCCCAUCGACGCCGCGCGAGCUGUUGUUGGCACUGCAACAACACCUGGUCGCGCAUAGCUUUACCUAUGCGACGAUCAAGGCGGCCCUCAUGAGCUACUUGCAGGCCGCAGAAAUCAUGCAUGGCCGCCUCGUCGACUGCGUGAUCGCGCUUGUCCAAGGCAGCGACGACUCGAAAGACACGCUGCGCAUGGGGCACUUGGUGCUCGAAGCCUACAGUGCGAUGCGGACGACCAAGAACGAAGCGGCGUCGGCGCUGCGCCUCGAGGCCUUCUUGCACGCGCAGCUGGACGUGCGCGAGCGCUGGUGGUGCAUUCGGCUGUGCGUGAAAGCCAUGGGGCUGCUCGGCGCCUCCGUCGACAACCCAAAUAAACAUCCCAUCGAGAGGCUUCAAACUGCCGUGCAAGUCCUUGUGGCCGCCGCCCACCCGCGCUGGAACGCCGCCGCCGUCGAUCUCUGCGCCUUGUAUCGGCUGCCUCGGACCGACGAGGCGGCCAUGGAUAUGCUCAGCGCGAUGCUGGACCACGCCGACUAUUAUAACGCGGAAGCCUUCUUCGACGCACAAGUGACGCUCGACAGCACUGGCGAGCGCACGUCUCGCCUCGUCGGCUGCAUUGCGACCCGCCACGCGCUGCCGACAAAGAUUGCGCGGCGGCGCGGCGAUUUGGCGGCCUCAUGUCGCCCCAUCGAAUCGACGAGACGACGUCCGAGAUGCCGCCCUUUUGACGCCCAAGCACUACGUGCACAGCUCCAGCCCGCCAUUGAGCGAGCUCUCGACGCCGUGCACUUGGUCGAUACGCCGGACGCCUUCUGGGCGCUGCAUGCGCAUCUCGAGCGCCUCGGUCGCGACGGUCGCCAGCACGUGAUUGGCGUUGACUGCGAGUGGCGGCCGCGCCAGCACGCCGACGAGACAGCCAGCGACGACGAGCGCGUGCAGGUGCUGCAGCUCGCCGUCCCGGACGCAGUGUACGUGUUGGACACGAUGGCGCUGGACGCGGCCGGUCAGCACAACGGGCUCUUGCUCAUGGAAGCGCUCUGCUCGAUGCUUUUUAGCUCGCCGAGCCUGCUGCUCGUCGGAUUCUGCUUUGCUGGCGACGUGCAAAAGCUCCGAGCGACGUACACCAGCGUGAUGGACCGCGUCUGCCCUUACACGACCAACUGCCUCGAGCUGCGCAAGCUCGCGCUGCUUCGGCUCCCGACCGAGUCGGCGGCACCGACGUGGGGGCUCGCGACGCUUGCUAGCGCGUGCCUCGGCCUCGCGAUGGAGAAGGACCAGCAGUGCUCCGAUUGGAGCGUGCGGCCCUUGACACGGGCGCAAAUCGAGUAUGCAGCGUUGGACGCCGUCGCCGUACGCCUCCUGGCGCUAUUCUUCGUCGCCGAUCUGCUCACGCUGCGCAGCGACGCGGGUCUUCUCGCGUCAGCGCCUGUGACCAUGCCCGCGCGUCUCCUUCGUCGCCUCUUGAUUCGCGAAGACCGCCGCGACCUCGUCCCGUUUUUGCAAGAGAGCCACGUUGUUGCUGCUCUCACAGCACUGCACCUUUCGUUCACGGUCCAGGACGCCGCCUCGGUGGUUCCCAGAAGCGCCAUCGUCAAGACGGUAGCUUUCGCCGUCACGUCCGAGGCCACUGCGUACAUCGCCGUCGUGCUCGAGCUCGAAAAGCCAUCGACACGACGGCACUUGCCGACGCGCUGGGCGUCGACGCCAGCCACCUCUCGCUCGCGACCGACGCGGUGCGUUGUGUGA